CCUCUCCCCUCCUCUCUUUUCGCUCACCUCCCCUGCACUUGCAUGUAAAAAAUGCACAGCAAAACAUGCUUGGCAUUGUCGAGAAAACAUUUGGACCUCGCUGCUGCACCUGACUGUCUCUCAUCUAUCCAUUUUGAUUAUUUUCCUCUCUUUUCCUUGCUGCUGUCCGAGCCGCUCUGAAACACAUUUCUGCCCGUCAUCUUGUCUACUCGCAAAAAGCAGCAGAUUUCUGCUGAUGCAGUGAUGUCUGGAAAUGUCAACUGCUCGCUUGUUGCCCCUUAAUGUAUCUCCCCCCCUGAACUGCAGCGCAAGAUUUUCUCCUGCGGUAUACUGUAAGCUGUUCACACCACCGUGCCGCCGCGCAAGCAACUACCGACGCUGCAGCUUUGCAUUCUUCUCUUUUCGCUCCAUUUCCAUCUCAGGCUCUCCUCACUAGACUCACCUGAUUUCCAUCUUGUUUUAUUUCAGCAUUGCUUCACCGUCUAAAGAUGUUUAGACCUUUGCUUUGACUGUGACGGACACAGUUAGGACGGUGGUGAAUACUCUAAGGCUCUAGGUCCCUUUUUUUAGUAGGUGCAAUGUAAAGUUGCCACAUGACAGCCACUGGUGCCCUGCUGUUGGAUGAUUUUACUCGAGGAUAAGACGCAUUCAAGACCUUUCAAGAUCAACCCACGAGGCAGCAGUAACAACAGCAGCAGAUGCACUGGAGAGCAGCAAUGGUCAAGUCAGCGAGAACCGCAGUGGAGCCGCACUGAGGCAAAGCAGCCAACCAGCCCCCUCGUAUCUGGGGACGUCUCCAACAAUUUAAGGGGUGUGGGAAGCUGAGGAGUGGAAAAUUUCCCCCGGACCUGAAUGCCUGCUCAGUCAGACUAACCAACAUCCCAACACAACUCCUCCUCCUCUUCCUCUUCCUCUUCCACCUCCUCCUCCUCCUCCUCCUCCCCCCAAAAUGACCGUGGUAGCGGGAGAUAACAUGGACGAGACCUCGGCUGUGCCUGGCCACCCUCAGGACACCUAUCCUCCAGACCACAAUGACCACGAAUGCUGCGAGAGGGUGGUCAUCAACAUAGCCGGUCUCCGCUUUGAGACGCAGUUGAAAACUCUCUCCCAGUUUCCAGAGACGUUGCUCGGCAACCCCAAAAAGCGGAUGCGGUACUUUGACCCCCUGAGAAACGAAUACUUCUUUGACAGAAACCGCCCCAGCUUUGAUGCCAUCCUCUAUUAUUACCAGUCUGGGGGUCGGCUGAGAAGACCAGUGAACGUCCCUUUGGAUAUGUUCUCAGAAGAAAUUAAAUUUUACGAGCUGGGAGUGGAGGCGAUGGAGAAGUUUCGUGAGGAUGAGGGUUUCAUCAGGGAGGAAGAGCGCCCUUUACCUGAGAGGGAGUUCCAGCGUCAGAUUUGGCUCCUCUUUGAGCACCCAGAAAGCUCAGGUACCGCCAGAGGGAUCGCCAUAGUGUCUGUGAUGGUGAUCCUGAUUUCAAUAGUCAUUUUUUGUUUAGAGACUUUACCACAGCUGAAAGAGGACCCAACAGCUCGAAUAGUGGGGAACUCUACUAUUUAUUACAAGCCAAAUAUCCUCACUGACCCCUUCUUCGUCAUUGAGACACUCUGUAUAAUCUGGUUCUCGUUUGAGUUGAUAGUACGCUUUCUGGCGUGCCCAAGUAAACCGGCCUUCUUCAAGAACAUGAUGAACAUGAUCGACAUAGUGGCUAUCAUCCCUUACUUCAUUACACUUGGCACCGAGCUGGCUGAAGACCCAGACAAUGAAGGGGUGGGGGAGCAGGCAACAUCUCUGGCCAUACUCAGGGUAAUCCGUCUGGUCAGGGUGUUUAGGAUCUUCAAGCUGUCACGACACUCCAAAGGACUUCAGAUUUUGGGGCAGACCCUCAAGGCCAGCAUGCGAGAGCUGGGAUUGCUGAUCUUCUUUCUGUUCAUUGGAGUCAUCUUGUUCUCCAGUGCUGUCUACUUUGCAGAGGCAGAGGAGCACGGAUCCUAUUUUGGCAGCAUCCCGGAUGCAUUUUGGUGGGCUGUUGUGUCUAUGACAACUGUGGGCUAUGGGGACAUGGUCCCGGUCACUAUAGGAGGCAAGAUUGUGGGAUCUCUGUGCGCCAUCGCCGGAGUGUUGACAAUUGCACUCCCAGUGCCUGUCAUUGUGUCCAACUUCAACUACUUCUACCACAGGGAGACUGAGGGAGAAGAGCAGGCCCAGCUGCUCAACGUCAGUAAUCCCAACAUCCCCUCUGAAACCAACUCCAGUCGCCGUAGUUCAUCCACCGUCAGCAAGUCAGAGUACAUGGAGAUUGAUGGAGACAUAAACAAUAGCAUCGACAACUUUAGGGAGGCAAACCUCAGAACUGGCAAUUGCACUAUAGCCAACCAAAACUGUGUAAAUAAAAGCAAGCUGCUAACAGAUGUUUAAACACUACUUAGGAACUUUGGGAUCUCUAUGGGACUGUCAUAUGUGGAGUAGACCAUCAGUUAGGAAAGCUUCAUUUACCUCCCCAUAGCGCUCUAUGGCAUUAGGCCUACAACUAUGCUCAGCUAUAUAGAAAGGAAACAGAAAAAAACAAAGCUGUUAGAGUAUAUGACAGGUAGAUAGAAUAAUUAAUUCUUCUGAUCCUACAAAUAUAUAGGUAUAUCAAAAAUAAAACAUCAAUUACUACGCAUAUACAUGGCUCCCUGGAGGAUGCAGAGCACACGCUGUCUUAUCAGACGAUGGCGUGAUAAUUAAAAUCUUAUGCAUGGAGUACAGAUAACAUUUCAGCAAGUUGCACAAUGCACCAGAAAAGUCUGCAGAGACAUGCAAGCAUCUGCAGCCAAGUGGUAAGCGCCAAGAAGUUAGAUGACCCCCCCCCCCCACCCCAUUCUCUCUCCUCUCUCCCUACAGAGGAUCUACUAUUCAGCAAAGCACCUUAUAGGAGGAAGACUGAUCUCUCUUGUUUGGAUGUAAACAGAUGGUGAUCUUACUCGCUUCACGGACAUCCGCAAUGCUGCUGUUUUCCAGCAGAUGCUGUGAUUGUGAUAUCACCAAGUGAUUCAAUGCCAUGCCCUUUAGAUGCAACACAGCACAAUGAUAAAGUGAGCUUCACACGAGCAUGAUAAGAGACUUCCCAUUUUGAUAUCGGCAUGCAUGAGACAUAUCUCACAUAAUGGAAAGGAUGUUCUUUUGGAUAUCUGCCUCCAUCCCCCUCCUUCUCAUCUGUUUUCAUACUGAGUGCACUGGAUGAGUUUUUAAUUUGAAAUGCUAAUCAUUUAGAAGUAUAGAAAUUGAAUGUUAAAUCUUAAGGGAACAGAACAUAAAUGAGAUCAUAGCAUGAAAAAAUUAACCUGCAUUAUGGUCUAUUGACUAAGGUACUUUUGUAUCAUGGUAUAUUUAAUGCAUGACACGAGUAUACAGCUUGUUGCAAUUCAGGCACUCUGCAGUGCCCUAUUGUCAGGGAAACUAAGGAAAUCAAAUUCUGGAUGUUUCUGAAUUGCGAUCAAAUAUAUCCAAACCCACCUUGAGGAUGCAGAGUUUCUAAUUUAAAAGUAGACAAAGAAACUGAAUAAAUAUUAUCAAAAAUGCAUAUAAUCAUAAUAAGCACCAAUUACAGUAUUACGUCAAUAGUGCAGUGCAUGGACCUUCUUUGAACAAGAAAAGUUAACAUAUUAUUAGUCAUGCUUCCAUCUCCAUGUCCAAUUUUAGUCCAUUUUUUUUUUCGGAAUCCACUGAAAAAGAUCGUUACCAAAUUUCACUUCAUAUCACAGAGAAUUAUUCUGACAUUAGUUGCUAGUGCCUUUAUCCCUUUCACCAACAGGACCAGUGAAAGUGCCUCUGUGUACAAUGGUAUUUGUGAGGUUGAGCGGAGCUGGUUUACCUUCUGUUUUAGUGUCGGUACACUGUUGGUUAUGAUGUUAAUGAAUGCCAGAUAAGCAAGGUAGAAAUAGCAGAUGAUUGUGGUCAAAAAAAUAGGAAAAAAAAGAAAAAAAGAUGAUCCAUGGCUGUCAUGCACAACCCAGUUUCCAUGCACUUAAUUAUGCCCUUAAGCAGCAAUGUAUUGUACUCUGCAUGUUUACCAAUCCAAUUCAAAAGGGAAUAUUCAUCGGUUUUCAACAUAUUUUAUUUAUGUCUGUUGUUUUUGUUCAUGCACCAUGCAUCCUUUCAGGGUCUCUACCUCAGUGAGGUCAUUGCAAACUUGCUGCUGAGCUGCAAGCUUCAAUGCAGGGCUUCCUAUACCAUAAUGCAAAAUGGAACCUUAAGUGUAAACUGCAGUCAUGCAAUAUUGAAUGUGAGAGUCCCAAAGCAUAGCCUUUACACAAGCACUUAGGACAAAUAGUGAAUACCAGAAUCCCGCUCCUUUUGUUCACUUAAAGCUACGCACAAUCAGAACAUUCAUCUAGAGAGUGUUUAUAGAGAUUGCUUGACUCUCCGAACAGGAUGAGAUUGACUGUUUUAUAUGUUAGUUUCUUUGAAACAAUGGUAUAAAAAGUUACCGUUGUGUCACAGAAGCACACCUUAAUGUGUUUCAAUGCGUGUUUAGGAGAGAGCAGAGAAGUUUGAUGUAGUUUUUAAAUCUGACAUACUGCAAUCCUUGGGCAUUAUGAUGCACACCAAAGUGCAGCCCGUCUUUUUGCACAGUCAUUUUGUUCUGUUGCUUGAACCAUUUUUGCUAGUUAGAUAUUUUUCUUUUUCCACUGUGCUUGCUCAUAUGUAGUGCAUUGUUUCUCAGCACAUUGUCCCGAACAGGCAGAUAGAUUGGGACAAAUUUUAAUGACUACUUGAAAAUCUCCAGCUACUGUACAUCAAUCUACACUCAGUAUUGAGAUGAAUUCAUUCAAAUGAUCGUAAGAUUUUGUACUGUAUGCUUUUUUGUUUUUUCAAUUUAGCACUCUCCUGACAAGGUCCUGUGAAAAAAAGCUCCACUGCAGUGCUACUUGAAUGUCAUAGUUGUUUCUGUUGGUGCAAUGGCUAUCCUUUGUGGUGCUAGUACAGGACUACCAUUGUUGUCUUGUUACCAUCACAUGUUAUCUGAGGCUGAAGCCGUCAUUAAUUGUUUUGGGCAAGACUUUUUCCAUUCUAUGACUCUUGUUCCUAACUGUUUUGUUAUUGGUGGCUGGUUGGUUAGUUUAGGGCAGUGUUUGUUAUUUUAUUUGGAACUGAUCUUUGUACUGUACUGCUGAAGAGUGUCUGCCUCAGGCAAGGUAAAUAUUCAAGAGCCUUGCUAGAUGUAAGUAACUUAUCAUGAGAGCAAAAAAGACACAUUUGUGUCAGGGAUCUUCAACUUGUAUAGGGUUUCUCACACAGAAGGACACCAAUAAUACCCAAUACCAUAUAUUUAAUACUAUAUAUAGGAUGAUACAAGGAAAUUAUAGUCAUCUCAUAAAUGCAGCUAUCAGAAAAUUGUUCGCUUUGGUCACGAGUUUCUCAAUUGACUGAUGCUUGAAAGUAGUGAUGUGUGUAACAUGUCCUGCAUGCAACAGUUCAACGUGAGUUGAAGAAAAAACAAAUGACACCCCUCACAUUAGCAGUACUGUUGCUACUUGCGCUGUGAGGGCAUGUAUGGAUGGUGCUAUGCAUUCAGUUACCCAACAGAAACAUGCAUUCUUAACAGCAAUAGAAUAACAGAUAACCUGUUUCUUAGAUGCUUUUUUGUAAAAAACAAAACAAAACAAGGAAAAAACAAAUCUAUUUUGAAUGUCAGAGGAACUGCGAUGACUUGACAGAUACUCACAACAGGGCUGUUUAUGUACCAACCUCUUACCCUCUGUUUUGUGAUUUUGUAAGGUCAGUGUAGGAGAUGACAUUUUGUUGAGAGAAACCCGUUAAAAAAAUACAAUAAAAGUCCAAAUAUAGGCUUUGUAAUAGUGGCAGUCCCCAUUAACCACCCAGGUCGGACUCGAGUUGUUUUGCAGUCAGGAACAAAGGCUGAACCUUAUAAGACAGUCCCAAAGGAACAGCCCAUAAUGCACUUAGAGAGAAGAUCUAUCAGUGCACUGGACUGAUCAGCUGUGUGAGUGAAAGUCAGAGAAGGUGCCUAAAUUGUUUUUACAUAUUCAUUUGUUUCGCUUACUGUCAGAUGUUAUGCUUCCGCAAACAAACUCAAAUGAGAAGAUCUUUAAAAAAUGACAUUAAUUAAUUAAACUAAGAAAAAAAAAACAUGAAAUGUCAUGAGAACAAAAUGCAAUUUAGCUACAGUAAGAUAGAGAAAAGUAACCACUAUAUACUGCAAUUACGUAUGAAAAACAAUUUUAAUGUGUGUUUUUAUUUUCCUUUUGUUUUGGAGGCACUGUAACAUGACUGAUUUAGGAAGAACAUGCCAUAUACUGGAAUAUCAAAGACAAUAUGUUCCUCUGGCAAGCCAUGAUAAUGAAACUACUGUAUUAUGAUCAAUUGCUAUACACUAAAUGAUAUGGACAAGAAGUGUACUAUUAUAAAAAAAAAACAUAUGGUUUGUCUUUUUGGUUUCAAGAGAAAAAAAACAGGAUUCAUUCAAACACCAUGUUCACAUUUUUUCCAAUCUCCACUGCUGAACCUACUGCUAUAAUGUAUCUCUACAGAAACCUACUGAUCGCAAAAAACUGCAUGGUCGAUGGAAGACUGCAUGAGCUUUGCCUUUCAAACUGUGGAUCAACUAUAAUACGGUUGCAUCAUUUUAAAAAAGAAACCCUUGCUUUCAUCUGCACCAAGGCUUCGUGUGAAAGGCCCUGUUCAGAAGUUGUCCUGAAACGUGUCCUCUGCUGGAUUUCUUUAAAAAAAAAAAAAAAAAAAAGCACCUUAGCGCUGACCUCAUCACUAAAACGACGUCAGGUAUCUGAGCCGUACUCGGCGUCUGUGCGUGAUGUUCAGGUUGUGCUCGCUUAGGCUCUGAAUGUGAGCAAGGACAUUAAGGGCUAGUUUCUCAAAACUCUAUCUCUAUUCUAGGACUGAAACGCUUGCUCAAGUGACAUUUUUCGCCCGUUCUUAUCUCAGUCUAGACUGUAGUGAUACUGUGUUGUGGGAAACAUGCCUGUCAUGUCUAAACAGGGCCUGUGCCGCCACACACCCUCCUCUGUACCACAUUGGUUUUAAGGCGUUCUUGUUUGCUAAAGGUCUCGAUACUGGACUGCUUUCUGCCUGCUGAGGAGGCACUGAACAGGAUCAAAUGCUGGGAUUAUUGUGUACCUCACAUGCCAAAGGUGACUUUCAAUGAAAAGAUCUGGUUUGUGUUUGAAGUGUGAUGGCUAUGAGUUUGUCUUCUCUGUCAGGAACGCACAUUUAAUUGCUAGUAGCGACGUUUCGGAGCAAAAAUUCGCUAAUAGGACUGUUGAACUCUUCUGCUCUUCUUCUUUUCAUCCACAAGCAAACCAAACUCUGAUUGUGUUAUCUAAUCCAGCCGUCAUUGUCAUGUUGCGUUUACCGAGGAUUAUGCUACAAUGUGUUCAGUUUGUCAGAUGAUGACAAAGGCAUGGUCUGUGAUCUAUGCAAGGGUUAUUUGUGUUUCUUUUCUUAUAUCACUUAUGAUUUCAUCUUACAUUAACUUCAAUAAAUUUUUAAGGAUC